AUGACUAUAGUUCAAAAAAUAUUUAUUGAAAAAGUAACUUUAUCACAAUUACCAAAGAAUGCACCAUCGAUUUGUGAAUUUUAUGCUGAUCAAAAUAUCUUGAUUACUGGUGGUACUGGUUUUAUGGGCAAAGUUUUAAUUGAGAAAUUACUUCGUUCAUGUCCAAAAAUUAAAGGAAUAUAUUUAAUAAUGCGUUCGAAGAAAAAUUAUACGGAUGAACAAAGAUUAAAUAAAAUGUUUAAUAUACCUUUAUUCGAUAAACUAAAAGAACAAAAUCCAGAAUUUUCCACAAAAAUACAAAUAAUUAAAGGAGAUAUCAGCGAACUACAAUAUGGUUUAUCUGAUUCUGAUUUAGAAUUUAUAAUAAAUGAAAUAAACAUUGUAUUCCAUGUGGCAGCAUCGAUUCGUUUUGAUGAUCCUUUGGCGAAGGCAAUUUUAAUUAAUACACGAGGAACUAGAGAAAUGUUAAGAAUACUUAAACAAAUGAAGAAUUUGAAGGUUUUUUUGCAUACAUCAACCACUUAUUGUAAUGUUGAUAAAGACGUAGAUGCGAUUGAAGAAAAAGUAUACAAAGCGACAGCUAAUUGGGAAACUAUGAUUAGUGCAGCUGAAACCAUGGAUAAAAAUGUGCUUAAUUUCCUGGAACAAAAAAUUUUAAAUAAAUUUCCAAAUACGUAUACAUUUUCCAAAAAUCUUGCUGAAGUAAUUGUAUCGGAAAAUUGUGGUGAAAUACCAACAGUUAUUUUUCGCCCAACAGUCGUGAUGGGCACCGAAAAAGAGCCAAUGCCUGGCUGGGUUGAUAACUACAAUGGACCAAUGGGCUUAAUUACAGGAGUUUUAAGUGGCAUACUUCAUACAGUUUAUAUAGCCAAAGAAAAAGUUUGUGAUUAUGUGCCUGUUGAUAUAGCAAUAAAUGGGAUGAUAGCAUCAGCAUGGUAUAAAGCUUUAGAACCAACAGGAAUUAAGAAAUGUCUGGUGAUUAAUUCAUCAACCAGAGAUUUCAUACAGGUUGAUAAUCGAAUGUUUUUAUAUUAUGGAGUAAAAGUGGUUGGAUUGGCAAAUCCAUUUAGUCAGUUAUUGUGGUAUCCAUUUUGUUUCCACACGUCAAAUAAAUAUUUAUAUUGGUUUUUGUUUCUAACAUUACACUUGAUUCCAGCCAGCUUUAAUCCGUCAGCACUCGCGUCAAACUGUCGGUAA